AUGUUCUCACUAGUAACCACGCUCUCGCUUGCUCUUGCACUCUCUGACUAUGCCAGGAGCGCAAGCGUGCCGAGUUCUCGGCAGUACGACCAGCUUGCUGGAGAAAGCAUCGGAGAUGAUCCAGUGGUGAGGACACCGGGGAAACUGCGCGUCACGGAAAAUUCGGGGGUCUGUGAGACUACACCUGGUGUUUACCAGGCUUCUGGGUAUGGAGAUAUUGCUCAGGACAAGAGUAUUUGGUUCUGGUUCUUUGAGUCUCGUAACAAUGCCGAGACGGAUCCGCUCGUUGUGUGGUUCAAUGGUGGUCCCGGUAGCUCUAGUAUGAUCGGUCUCUUCCAGGAGCUCGGUCCCUGUCGGAUGAACAACGACAGCAUGGGCGUCUCUCCAAACCCCAUGUCCUGGAACAAUAACGCGAACGUUCUUUUCAUCGACCAGCCGAUUGGAGUCGGCUACAGUUUCGGUAACACGACGGUGGGCACUUCACAGCAGGCGGCUAAGGACGUGUGGACGUUCCUCCAAGUAUGGUUCAAAGACAAACGUUUCGCUGCGUAUGAGAAUAAUGAUUUCGGUAUUUGGACUGAAUCGUAUGGCGGACACUAUGGGCCUAUAUUCGCGGAAUACUUCCUCGAACAAGAUGCAAAAAUCUUUGCGGGUGAAAUAAUUGCGACACCUCUGAACCUCCAGGUCCUCGGCAUCGGUGAUGGAAUAGUUGAUCCCUUGACGCAAUACCCGGGAUACAUGGCCUAUUCCGCAAGCAACCCAUACCACCCCUUAGUCGACUCCGCGACCCUAUUCGAAGCCAACACAUCCUACUACGCCCCCGGCGGCUGCGAAUCUCAGAUCAUCGCCUGCAACGAUCGCACCACCGGAACCGACGACGUCUGUUCUUCGGCCUUCAGCUACUGUACCGAACGCGUCCUGGCGCCACUGGCCGGUCCUUACGACUACUACUAUGUGCCUUCGCAGAACCCGGAUCCAUACCCUGCGGAUUUGAGCGUAUAUCUUACGGAUGAGGGAUUGAUGGAGGCGAUUGGCGCGAAUACGGGGGAUGAGAUGAGGAGUUCGAGGGUGUCAUUGGAGAGGGUCAUUAAUAAAGGGAUCCGGACAGUACUAUAUGACGGCGAUGCGGAUUACAUCCUCAACUACAAAGGCGUCGAAGCCAUGAUCGACAGUCUCGAGACUCGCUUUUCCGACCUCUACCGAAUGCAGGACUUCACAGACUUUACUGUCAACGGUCAGCCUGCGGGUCUAUACAAGACUGCAGGCACUUUCUCGUAUGUUAGGUUCUAUGGAGCGGGACAUGAGGUCCCUGCGUAUGAGUGGACGGAUGUCGAAAAAGGAGCGGUGUGUACUUCUAUCCUCUUGAUAUUCAGAACACGUUCUGAACUACUGCUUUCGUUGGAAUGGGUGUAUGAAAAGGCUGCACUUCAGAUGUUUGAACAGGUCAUGUCGGGUCAGGGGCUGUUCAGUACAUGA